CUGCUCCGGAUGACACUCGCGCGUUUGGACUGAAAGUCUUUUACAAGCACAAAUUAAACACAACACUUGUGGAAAGGCGAGGUGCACUCAGCUGGCCCUGACAAGAAAAGAGUAUAUAACUCCUGAAUGACAGUGGACGUGAAUGGAUCGCAGCGAAAACGCCAGACUGCUGCGCGCAGCUCCGUUAGGAAUAUAAUAAUUAUGAUUUUUUUCAUUGCAGGCGCAACAAAGUUUGAGGAUUUCCUCCAACUUCAUGCUGGACAAAAUAUAAAUGGUUCGUCUGUGUAGUGCCUUGCAAACGUUUUUCUUUUUCCUUUUGGAUACGCCAGGGAUUUUUUUUCUUAUUGCUUUUUUUUUUUUUUUUUUUUGUGAAAAGUGUCAAAGUGAGUUUAAUAACCGUUGGAGGGGAGAAAGUUGUAACUUGCUCUUUUUAAAACCACGUUUCUUCCUAAACAUCCCACGGAUAUUUAUAACACCAUUUCAAGACAUUCUGGAUGCGAACUGAACGCACACAAGGAUUUAUGAUAUGCGGUCAUGGUGCCGUGGUGGCAGAAGUUAAAAUGAGGUCUUUUGGCGAGCAGUUGGUGCGCUCAGAAUGGCCCGGGAGGAUUCGGUGAAGUGUCUGCGCUGUCUGCUCUACGCGCUCAACUUUCUCUUCUGGCUUAUGGCCCUGUGUGUGCUGGGAGUGUCCGCCUGCCUCAGGGAUCACCUGAACAAUGUGCUCACCUUAACCGCUGACACCAGACUGGAGGAGGCAGCCGUUCUCACAUACUCCCCCGUCGUCCAUCCUGUCGUCAUCGCCGUGUGCUGUUUUCUAAUCAUCGUGGCUAUGGUGGGAUACUGCGGCACACUCAAGUGCAAUCUGCUCCUACUGUCUUGGUAUUUCGGCAGUCUGAUGGUGAUAUUCUGCGUGGAGCUGGCCAGCGGAGUGUGGACGUACGACGAGCCUAUGGUACAGAGGUCUGAUAUGAUAAGUCUGAAGUCACGUAUGCCUCAUUUCGGCCUGCAGCGCUACCAGUGGCUCACACAUGCCUGGAACUCUAUACAAACAGAGCUGAAGUGUUGUGGAGUGAUCUACUUCACUGACUGGCUGGAAAUGACAGAGAUGGAGUGGCCACCUGACUCCUGCUGCUCCAAUCAGUAUCCAGGAUGUGCCCGCCAUGCCCACUACAAUGACCUCAGUGACCUUUACCAGGAGGGUUGUGGACCCAAGAUCUACAGUUUUAUCCGGGGCACGAAGCAGCUGCAGGUGUUGAGGUUCUUGGGCGUGUCAAUCGGCGUGGCUCAGAUCCUAGCCAUGACGUUGACUGUGACACUGCUAUGGGCCCUCUAUUACGACCACAAACCACCUGACCCAGCAUCCCCGGAUGCUUUGAUCCAAACGCACUGCCCCGCAGAAGACGCUCAGAAGCCCCGACACUCACAUUCACGAGCCCCUGAGGCCUGGGCCAACACGCCUGCUAAUGGACACACCCAGUUUGAGAUGGAGCAGCUUUCCUAGCAGUGACUUCAUGGUGACCCAUCGGCUACUUCAUCACUGCGGAGACACUAAAAAAGACACUGAAUGGAUUGGACAGCAGUGAACUGGACCAGAAAAUGGACCUUGUGGAAUGUGAAGUAGUUCUGUGUGCCCGGAUAACAAGAUUUAGGCAGUGUGAACAGUUUUAUAGAAAACUUUAUAUACCUGUGGAUAAAGUGGCUUUUUGUGGACAUCACAUAGAAGACGAAGAGGAUUUACUGGGUUCUUCCUAAAUAAAGCCAUUGCCUCUG